GGUUCGACCUUCAAAUUGGAAAUCUAACACCUUCAUUGUGGCUGCGGGAAUAGCGGGAAUAUGUUAUCUUGUGGGAAAUGUUAGUGCUUCGAAAGAGUAUCGGUACAUUGCACCUGCCAAGGAUAUACCAUCUGCUAAGUGGGCGAAACAAUUUCAGAAUCAUCAGCACGACCGACCGACCGACCGACCUAGUGAACGAGUUCCUUACGAUGGCAUCAUGUUGCAGACCUGCAGUAUUCGAUCAAACAUCCGAUUUCAUUCUUUCCCUCUCUCGACUUAUCAUUUUCGCAAGCAGACAAGCCUCCUUGAGGAGUAUCGGGGAUAUUAGAAUUAUUAAAUCACUUUGAAUGAAUUCUGGACGGUGAACAUGCUGCAAGAGCAUUGAGAGUACGCACAACGGCUCGAAUGAUCAUCCUGGCCGUAACCCAUCAGUCAAAGUCUCAAUC